GGGGCGGGGCCGCAGGGUCACGUGGGGCGGGCCGGUUCGCUCGCCAACGGCUCUCUCGCGCCGCCUGUUGGGCUGGAUGGGGCGCGGCCCCGGCGGCUCCGCAUGUCCCUGCCCCGGUCCCCCCCCACGGUGCCGGUGCUGGCGCUGGUCCUGGCCCUGGCGGGCUGGGCCCCGGCCCCGGCCCCGGCGGCCGUGGGCUCCCGGUGCCCCGGGCCCUGCCUCUGCCUGGCCUCCACCCUGUCCUGCACCGGGCUCAGCCCCGCACAGCGCCUGCGCCGGCUCCCGCACCCCAAGGCCCGCAACCUCUCCGUCACCAUCCUAGAUUUCCGGGGAAAUUCUAUUUCUACCAUUGAAGACAAAAUUUGGAAGGCCUAUCCGUGGGCUGAGAGUCUAACUCUCAGGGAUAAUGAUUUGAGUGAGCUGCACAAGAAUUCAUUUAAUGGCCUGCUGACGCUGAAAUAUUUGGAUGCUUCCUGCAAUAAAAUCCAGGUCAUUGAGAAGUAUACCUUUGAACCACUCCCCUUUCUGCAGUUUCUGAACCUGAGCUGCAACCUGCUCACAGAACUCAGUUAUGGCACAUUCCAGGCAUGGCAUGGGAUGCAGUUUCUCCAGAAGUUAAUCCUCAGCCGUAACCCUCUGGUAACCAUCGAAGAUCCAUCUUUUUUUGACCUGCCAUCAUUGAAAUAUUUAUUGCCAGGCUCAGCUGUGCGGCGGGCUCUGUUUCUCCCCAGAGAUAUGGAUGCCACACAAGUGACCCUGAAGGUGAUUCAGUCCGUUCUCAUGAUGUCCCUCAAACUGGAAACCAUGAUCCUGCCUGAGAAUGUUGCCUGUUGCCUCUGCCAGUUUAAAAGGAGCAUUGAAAUUGUCUGCAAGAUAAUUAAGCUGCAGUGUGACCAUCUCUGUGUCACCAAUGUCACUCUUUGUGAUGUCAAAGAACCUCUGGACGAGGUGAAAAAGGAGUUCGUCCAAGUGCUGGAAUCCCGAAAGAAAAACACUAGCUCCCUGCUGACCCUCCGGCCCCAGGGACUGGUCACUUCCAGCGGCAAGACCCAGGUCCCCUGGCUGCAGACCCCGAACAAGAACACCCAUCCCCUCAAAGAUCUGCACCUCCUCGAUGAAGUCCAUUUCCUUAUACCCAAACUCCUCUCCAAAGAUGGGGCCAUCAGAGAGGUGGAAUUGAAACUGUUGCCAUUCAUAAGGCUGUUGAAUUUGAACUUGCAAAGCCAGAGGGUGACUCCAUCACCCCCAUCGCCAACUGGCCCAACCAUGGCUUCCUUCGGGCCCAUGCACCUGGAUCUGACCGACAAGGGGGAACUGCGGAAACUCUACCUCCUGACCAACCUUCUGGCGGCAGACCUGCGAGAGAAGAUUUACAAUGCUGAACACGCGGAGCGGGAAACUCUUCCCGGUCUUUUCUUCCCAGAAAACGCCCGCCCCAAGCUGCAAGGGCUGGGGAAAGACCGGAAAAGGUCCCUGCCACUGGCGGGCAGCCGGCCAUGGGAUCUGGCCACAAGGAACCAUGGGAACAGGGAGGGCUGGCACCCCGGCUUGGGGCAGGGAGUGGGCCAGAGAACAGGUGGCAGGGAGGGAAAGGGGUUGGGAGAGACAGCCCGAGGUUGGGGAGGGGUCCACCCAGAGAUCGGCAGGCCCCUGAGGCCCCGGCCCCCCAAGAGAAGGAGGGUUUCAGGAAGCCCCAGGGGGCCGAGGGUAAGACCCCCUCUCAGGGCACCAGAGAGAAAGAAACUGCCUGGACCUGCCCUCAGCCUCCCCCUCCAGAAGCAGCCAAUUCCCAUCAGCCCUCUGACCUCCCUGCCCCAACCCACCUCACUGGUGGAUGUCAAGAACCAGUCCAAUGACUUGAUAGGGAAAAUCUUGAUUGUUCUGAAAAAUACGAACAAGACGGACACGGUGAAAGCCAUGAGGCUGGAGAAGGUUCCUGAGAUGGACAUUGUGCUGGGGGAAGAGGGUGGCCCUCCUGCAGCCACACCUUCCAGCAAGGAACCUCCCCUUCUCCAGAUGGCCAAGCCAACAUCCGGCAACAUGCCAGCAGAUCUCCGGAUGAGCCAGGCGGUGGUGAACAGAAGUUGGGCCGGUGAGCGGACGAGGGGUAAAGGGAGUGUUUCUAAAGGGGCCUUGAAUCUCGGGGGCCUCUUCUGGGAGCAGGGCCAGGGGGCGGUUUCUGACAAUGCCUCAAAUCUUGGGGACCCUACCUUGGAGCAGGGACUGGAGGAGGCCCUUGACAGUUCUCUGCCGAACAUCCAGAAGAUGAAUGAGACCCACUGGGUGUUCCACGAGGAGAAGUCGGAUCACCCCACCUUGCAGACAGAGGCCCCGCCACCAGACAACUCCUCGAAUCUAGGCGACCAGUUCGAAAAGGAGCUGGACUGGCGGCUGCAGGCGCUCAUCCCAAACAAGGCUGUGAGGAAGCUGAUCGCCCACGUGAUCCGAACCCUGAAAGUGGACUGCACGGAGCCAGAGGUCCAGCUGGCCUGCGCCAAACUCCUUUCCAAAACUGGGCUUCUGAUGAAGCUCCUGAGCGAGCGGGAAGAGGCUGACGGGUCCCAGUUGAUAUGGAACUCCGGCCGCUGGAGAAGCGGGGAUUACUUCAAUGACAGUGCGGAUGGGAACCUAACGGCAGAUGAAGAUGCCAGAGAGCUAAGCCAAGACAUUCCAAGUUACGGUUACGGCAACAAGCUUCUGCUGGCCAUAUCAGUGACUGUGGUGAUCAUGACCAUCAUUGCGGCCAUCUGCCUGAUAGAGAUCUGUUCUCAAAGAUCUAGCUCUGCUGAAGGUGCCAAGCGGACAGCAUCUUUAUGGUCCUUUAAGCGAAGCUCGCAAGCGCUACCCCGGCAGACUUCAGAAAAGGACAACCAAGCUGCAAAGGCAGGGAAGCCGCUCUGGCUCAGGGAUAUGUACCGACCUCUGGAUUCCACCCGGAAGAAAAACAUGGCUCAGAAGCUGCAUGACAGAGAUUCCUCCGACGAAGAGGAGAUUUACAGCAAGGAGUCACUCAGGUAG